AUGUGCUGCACUUUGGUGGUCUACUCCUUGACUUGCUUCGCCCGAGAGGGAUCCUGGAGCUUCAGGAGCGCCUCCUACUUGGUUUUCACCUGGGAGUUGGAGCAGCGAAGGACCUACCGAAUCCUGGGCUUUCUGCUGGCGGGAGGGAUCAGCGCCAUGGUGUGCCACUCCAUCCUGGUGAAGAGCUUUGCCAAGACCUCUCUUUAUCACGUAGAUGCUGUCAAGUUCAUGAAAAUGCAGUUCGACUUGGCCGUAGUGAUCUACUCAGUCAAGUUGAUUCUGUAUCCGGGAACACCCGUUCACCGCUGGCAGCAUGCGCCUAUCAGCCACAUUCUUUUCAAGCGCCACUUCAUGCACCUUUUCUCGCAGAGCAACGACAAGCUCGGCGCUUUCAUUCUGGAUGCUCUUUGGCGUGCGAAUCACGGCCAGAUGGAGGCAUUGAGGCAUGAGAUGCUGGAUCCAGACGACGCAGACAUGUUCUUGAUGCUCGCCAAUGAUCAGCAAGAGGCCGAGCGAGACGAGCGGAUUCGCGUCGGCUUUUGCGAUGAUCUAACAAUAUGCAGGGAUGAAGAGAGCGAUGAGGCUGCCUCCGAGGCUGUCUCCAGCAAAAUGCUCAGCCCUGGCUACCGUUGA